AGGGGUCUCAACAUUGCCCUCUGCUCUUCCUGCUCACCGCCUUCCUCGCUCUGCUCACACUGCUGGCCUCAGGCCCAGACACCUUCUCUGCUCCAGGCAAUGGCUGCUGUUCGUAUGCUGUGGAUGGGGCUGGUCCUGUUGGGUCUCUUGGGAUUCCCACAGACCCCAGCCCAGGACCUUGACCCAGUGCAGCCCAACUUUCAACAAGACAAGUUCCUGGGGCGCUGGUACAGCGCAGGCCUCGCCUCCAAUUCAAGCUGGUUUCGGGAGAAGAAAGCAGAAAUGUCUAUGUGCAGGACAGUGGUAGCCCCCUCCACAGAUGGCGGACUCAACCUGACCUCGACCUUCCUCAGGAAAAAACAGUGUGAAACCAAGACCAUGUUACUGCAGCCUAUGGCGGUCUCUGGACACUACACCUACCACAGCCCCCAUUGGGGCAGCAAACACAUUGUCUCAGUGGUGGAAACCAACUACAACGAAUACGCGCUGCUGUUCAGCAGGGGGACCAAGGGCCGAGGCCAGGACUUCCGCAUGGCCACCCUCUACAGCAGAACCCAGACUGUGAAGAACGAGCUGAAGGAGAAAUUCAUCAACUUUAGCAAUGCCCAGGGCCUCACAGAGGAGGACAUUGUUUUCCUGCCCCAACCGGAUAUGUGCAUUCAAGAGUAAAAGCAGGUGACAGAAGUCAGAGGGCUGGCUUCACACGGUAAGUGCUAUCUCUUUGCUGACUCACCAAACACGGGACCUUCUGAGUGGUAGGACACAGUGACCUGAGCAGAACCAGUGUCCAGGUGAGACAGGCAGAAACA